GCCAUUCUGACAGCAGGUCCAACAACUAUACCAGUAGGGGGCAGUGUGGCGCUGAGCUGCUCUGUGGACAACUCUGCUGGAUGGAAAUACAGAUGGUUCAGAUCGACUGCGGACACUCUCCCCGUUCAAAUCAAAAAUGAUAACCAACAAAGCAAGAUUAUUAAUGUCACACAAGGAGGUUUUUAUCAAUGCAAGGGUGUGAGCGAAACAGGCAACCAGCAAAGUCAUUUAAGUAACAGGACUACAAUCAAAAUAACCUUUUCCAACAAGGUUGUUAUGACUCUACACCCAAACUGGCCUCAGAUGUUCAGUGGUGAGACGAUCAGUCUGACAUGUGAGGUCCAUGGAGGAGAAACCACUGAGUGGACGUAUGAAUGGAGGAGAGAUGGGUCGUUUAUACACAUGACGCAUGAAAAAAACUUGACUUUCAGUGUUUCUGAGUCAAACAGUGGAGAUUACAGGUGUCUGUCUUUACUCAAAGAUGGCGGGUUUUCUUCGACAGAGUGGAGUGAACCCAUCUCAGUGUCCGUAUCAGGUAAACCAAAGGCCCAUCUGAGUACGGACAGCACAGAGCUACCAGUAGGAGGCAACGUGACGCUGACCUGCUCACUAAACACAUCGUCAUCAUCAUCAUUUAGUUGGAAAUAUUUCUGGUACAGAGGAGAAAAAUCCUCCGAGCCUCUGACCAGAGAAUGGACAGAUGGACAAGUGAGCGUCUCAGAGGAAGGACUGUACUGGUGCAGAGGAGGAAGAGGAGAACCAGUUUACUACACAGACUACAGUGAUCCCAUCCACAUCAUGUCCGUCGAGUCCAGCGGUCCAGUCGGCUCUUCAUUAUUUGUGCUGUUGGUUGUUGCUCUCCUCGGUGGAAUCAGUCUCGUCAUUCUGCUGCUCUUGUUUUGGCGCAGCAGACAGAUGAAAGAUUUGGGGCACAUGAGAUUAACUCCAUCACAGAGCCCCAGUCAGAGCUUCACCACUAAUCAUGAAGUCAACCAGAGUGAGACGUACACCUCCCCCCCUCAGGUAAACGAUUCUUCCCUCGGUUUGCCGCUCAGAACCUCUGAGGUCAACAGGAACGGUAAAUCCAUCGACACCGUGUACUCCCUGACUGAAUUAAAAAACUCUGGGACAAAGAGGAAUCCUCAUGAUCCAGAAGAGGGCGCUCUUUGGUCACAUGUGAGAACAACAGCUAUAGAUGAAUCCAUAGACAAUGGGUACUCUCUGCUUGAAGUAAAAAACUUUGGAACAAAGAGACUUCGUGUCGGUCCAGAAGUGGGCGCUGUUUACGCUAAUGUGAAAAAAGAAGCUGCAGAUACAUCCAUAAACACUGUGUACUCCCAGAUUGAAAGGAAAAACGUUGGAAUGAUGAAACAUCCUGUUAUUCCAGAAGAGGGCGCUGUUUAUGCUAAUGUGAAAAAAGGAGCUACAGAUACCAAUAAGUCCAUAGACACUGUGUACUCCCUGACUGAAAUGAAAAACUUUGGGACGAUGAAGAAUCCACAUGAUCCACAAGAGGGCGCUGUUGGCUCUGACGUGAAAACAGACUCCACCGCGGCAUCUACCGACAUUAUCCAUUUGAAAAAAGCCAAGAAAAAACCAAAAGGAAAACGGAGUCGUUCAGCAGAGGCAGAAGUUUAUGCCAACGUCAAGUCAGGAAGAACUGUGACUAACGAUGGUCCCAUGUCCAGAAAACCCAAAAAACAUUAAAGCUGUUGUUUUAAAAAAAAACCCAGCAGCAUCUCAAAAAUGAUUUGUACUCAACUCAGUAACUAAUUGAAAAACCUUUACUAGUAUUAUAGCAAUAAAACUAAAGUUCUUACUGAUUAUCAGGUUUUCCAUGUUUCUUGUCAUUUCAGAUUUGGUGACGGGUUUAAUGUAUUUGAGGCUGCUUAACGUUUUCCUAAUGUUGGCUCACUCCAAACAUUUGUCCUAAAUCAGUCUGCUAACGUCGCAUAGUGAAUAAGAAAACAACCAAUAAAGGAUUCUCUGUCAAAACAAGACCCAGGAAAAACUCUUACACGCGUUUAUCUUCAAUGGGUUCGAUUAUUCUCAUGUUGUCCGCACAGACCUCAAGUAGUAUAUAUAUAUAGAAAGAAAACAAUUACACUGCUGCAGCUCAUGUCCAGAUUGCUGCUGGCGGAGUCCUGACUAAAACCAGUUCGUAUAUCACUUCAUCAGUUCCCUGUCUGUUGAAGGAUUUAAUUCAAAAUAUCGCUGACUGUGUAAAAGGAACUGAGUGACCUUUGACCUCCACACAUUGGAGUUGAGUUGAUGUUUACAUAUGUACUGACAAAUCAUCUGAUUCUUCAGAUGGACAAAACCUACUGGUUCCUUUCAGCCAGGUCUAAAAAUGUGUUUCAAAUUUACAUUUUUUAUUUUUUUAUGUGAUUUAUAAAAUGUAUGUUUUUUCAUUUAAAGGUUGUAUUGUAACACAUUUCUUUUUACCCGUCACUUUAUUUCGCUGUAAAUCACAUUGAAUAACCUUGUGUAUGAAUAAUGCUAUCCCAAUAAAUUUGUCCUACCUUUCUCU